AUGAGCUCCACUUUGACUUCGAGAAAUCCAACAUUAUCUUUAACAACAUGUGAAAGUUCUGCUCCACUGUUAGAGUCAGAACUAUCCUCUCUUGACAUAUCAUCUCUAACUGAUGUAACCAUGUCCUCCAGCAUGCUGUCAAAUUCAACACUUUCCUUACAACAAUCUGAAUGCUUACUGGCAUCGGAAAGUAACAUUACCUCAUCAGAACUCUCUCUCAUCACGGCAAGUGACUGUGGCACUCUAGUGGGAUCGUUUCCUUCUGAAACAUUCCCAUCAGCAGCAUGCUCUUCAGAAACAAUAUCUUCAGAAACAUAUCCAUGUGACACUUACCCCAAGUGUCGUGAAAGUGGCGACCUGAUGUCCAGCUCUGUGCACUCAUUGCCCUCUCGCCUGACACUUAAGGAUCGUUCCUCGGCCUCUCUUCUGCGGCCUGUGCUGCUGUCCUCUGGAUCUCUGGUUCUCCUACCCCGUCGCCCCUCUCUGGUAUCCCCCCCUUCUGUCUCCUCUGCAUCCUCACAGGGACACUUUAAAUGGGAAGAGAACCCCUGCUAUGUACGAGUAGAGAGUGGAAGGCCAGGAGAGGGCCACGUCUUUCCGCCCACCACCUUGGAACGACCUGCUUGUGUGUACGCCUGCGCUCACCUGUAUUCUCCCAUGCCACACGUGCGAGAUGAGUACCAAUUAUAA